AUGGCUACCUGCUUCACUCUUCCACCAAUCCCUCGUCAUCUUCUCGUUUUCAAAGCUGCACUUUUACCUAAUCGUUCCCAAACCUCCAAUUUCCCGGGCGCUGCCUCCAGGUUUCCACAAUCUAGGGCUUCCGCGUCAGCUGUCAGAGCCAGCAUUGCAGCGAUCAGGCCCGGCGGUGCCGUCGAGAGCGAUAAGUUACCUUCCGACGUGAGAAAGCGAGCAAUGGACGCUGUGGACGCUUGUGGAAGAAGAGUGACUGUUGGUGACGUGGCCGGCAGAGCUGGGCUUAAGCUCCAUGAGGCUCAGAACGCUUUGCAAGCUCUCGCUUCUGAUACUCAGGGCUUCUUGGAGGUCUCCGAUGAAGGCGAUGUACUCUAUGUUUUUCCCAGAGAUUAUCGAGCAAAACUUGUAGGCAGAUCUUUCAUAAUGAGAGUUGAGCCGCAGCUUGAGAUGGCAAAGGCUGGGGCUGAGUAUUUAGCAAGGGUUUCAUUUGGAACUACUCUGAUUGCUUCCAUUAUUCUUGUGUUCGCUGCAAUUCUUGUUGCCCUUAUAGCCAUUGCCUUAAAUGAAAAUGUUGAUGUCAUCCCUUCGACGUCUUCAACUUCUUCUUUCGCUAGUGGAGGAAGUUCAUAUCGGACGAGUUAUGAUUAUUCAAUUGAUGUUUUUCCCUCGUGUCGGACUGAAGUGUAUCGGAAGCAAAAAGAAAAACCACAACCAGUUGCUGGGACGUUAAAAUUUGGUGAAUCUUUCUUCUCAUUUGUAUUUGGCGAUGGUGAUCCAAAUCGAGGAAUCGAAGAAAAGAGAUGGAAGCUGAUUGGGAACUACAUAUCCUCUAAUGGUGGUGUUGUUGCAGCUGAAGAGCUUGCUCCAUAUCUUGAUAUAGAAACUACAGGGGAUACUCUGACUGAUGAAGCAUACAUCUUACCUGUUCUUUCACGGUAUGAGGGUCAGCCUUUAAUAGAUGAGGAGGGAAACAUUCUGUACCAGUUUCCAUCUCUACAGCGCACAGCUUCUAGGAAGAUGAGAAUAUGUCCAGAGAUUGUUGGAGAAGCUGAUAAAUUUUUGAAGGAGGAGAAAUGGCAAUUUAGUAAAAUUAGUAUUGCUAAGAGAGCAAUGGUCGUUGGACUUGGUGGACUCAAUGUAUUUGGGGUUCUCAUUCUGAGAGGCCUAUUACAGGAUCCUAUAGUUGCACAAGUUGGUUUUAUCAAGUUUAUUACAAGCAUAAAUCCUCUACUUCAGAUUUAUGCUGGUUUCUUCUUUGUAAUUCCUCUGUUCCGGGGGUUUGUCUUGCUCAAGACAAAUGCUGACAUAGAAAAAAGAAAUCAAGCCAGACAGCAAUUUGCUCAAGACAUUGAAUUGCCUGAUCUAUCACUAAGACGAAAGCUCCUCAGUGCUCGGAACAUGGCCCAAAGAAUUGUCAUAGGGCUGGACAGAAUUGUUUAUAGCUCUUCCAAGGAUUUGUUUGAACAAGAGUUGGAUAGAGGGUUUCAACAGAUAGACAAGUCAUAG